AUGUACCUGGAGGCUGCAGAGAUGCUGGAGACUGCAAAGACACUCAAGGCUGCAGAGAUGCUGGAGGCUGCAGAGACUCUGGAAACUGCAGAUAUAUUGGAGGCAGCAGAAAUGUUGGAGGCUGCAGAGACACUGGAGGCUGCAGAAAUGUUGGAGACUGCAGAGACUCUGGAGGCUGCAGAGACGUUGGAGGCUGCAGAGACGUUGGAGGCUGCAGAGAUACUGGAGGCUGCAGAGAUACUGGAGGCUGCAGAGAUGUUGGAGGCUGCAGAGACGUUGGAGGCUGCAGACAUACUGGAGGUUGCAGAGAUACUGGAGGCUGCAGAGAUGCUGGAGGCUGCAGAGGGUAAAGGGGGUGCAGAGGCACAGGGACCUGUUGACCAGUCUAAGCUGCUGGUUUUGAGGAUGUUGUCUACAGGACAGAUCAGCUGGUAUUUGUGGGCUCCACUGGUGUUACUGGCCCUAGUUUCCCAUUUCCCCAGUAAGGCACAGGGUCAAGUUCCAGCUCCGAGGAGGCUUCGUUUCAAAGAGCUGAGUGCAAGCAAACUGCUUGUUUCAUGGAAGGAGCCUAAAGGAGACUUUGACAGCUAUCUGUUCCUCUACAACAGCAUUCCAGGUGGUCAUCAGAAGGAGAUAAUAGUAUCUAAAUCUGACAGCAAGGUGUUGAUAACAGACUACAACCCCCUUAAAGACUACAUCGUCAGUGUCAUUGCUGUCAGCGGGAGCCAGCAGAGUAGACCACUAAAGGGCAGACAUAAAGCUCAAAGAGGUGAGAGUGAUGGAAGAGACAAGACUGAACCCCAGAGGCUGACUGAUUCAGUUGUACAUCCUGAAGAUGCCAACGAGAUCUCUGGAGUUGAUCAGUUUGUUUGCCACACUGAGGCUAUAGCAGACAUCGUGAUCCUGGUGGACGGCUCCUGGAGUAUCGGCCGGCUCAACUUUCGGCUGGUUCGCAUGUUCCUGGAAAACCUGGUUAAUGCCUUUGAUGUUGGUUUUGAUAAGACAAGGAUAGGUCUGGCUCAGUACAGUGGUGAUCCCCGGAUAGAGUGGCAUCUAAAUGCUUUUACUACGAAAGAUGCUGUCAUUGAUGCUGUCAAGAACCUUCCUUACAAAGGAGGAAACACCCUCACAGGCCUCGCAUUGACCUAUAUCUCUGAGAACUGUUUCAAGCCUGAGUCUGGCUCACGGGUUGGUGUACCAAAGAUUGGGAUCCUCAUUACGGAUGGCAAGUCUCAGGAUGAUGUUAUACCCCCUGCAGAGAGCCUGCGAAAUGCCGGCAUCGAGCUGUUUGCCAUCGGUGUAAAGAAUGCUGAUGAGAAUGAGCUGCGCUCCAUCGCCUCCGAACCACAAAACACUCAUGUCUAUAAUGUGGCCGACUUCAACAUCAUGAGCUCCAUCGUCGAGGGACUGACCAAAACAGUGUGUGAACAAGUGGAGCAGCAAAAUAAGGACAUGAAGCAGAAGCAGACACCAGAGAUGAUAGGGGCGCCUGGUGAUCUGCUGACAUCAGAGGUUGCGGCCCGAAGCUUUCGAGUUACAUGGAGCCACGCCCCAGGAAACGUAGAGAAAUACAGAGUGGUUUAUUAUCCUUCGCAGGGAGGAGAACCACAGGAGGCUGUCGUAGACGGGAGUGAGACUUCAGUGGUGCUGCAGCAUCUCAGCUCUCUCACUGAAUACCAGCUGGCUGUGUUUGCUGUGUAUGCAAACGAGGCAAGUGAAGCUCUGAGAGGAUCAGAAACAACCCUGGUUCUUCCUACAGUGACGGGCCUCAAGCUGUUGGAUGUGACUCACAGCACCAUAAAAGCAAGAUGGGACAGUGUGAAAGGAGUAUCUGGCUACAUGUUGCUGUAUGCACCUCUAAUAGAUGAUGGAGACUUGGAUGAGAAAGAGGUGAAGGUAUCAGAUGCUGUGAUAGAGCUGGAGCUGGAUGGGCUGACCCCUAACACUGACUACACUGUUACUGUUUAUGCAAUGUAUGGAGAUGAGGCCAGUGACCCCAUUACAAGCCAGGAAACUACAUUACCACUAAGCCCUCCCAGCAACCUUCAGUUCUCCGACAUCACACACAACUCCGCCCACAUCAGAUGGGACCCCGUGCCCAGAGGAGUUAAAGGUUAUCGCAUCAUGUGGAUCAAGACAGAUGAACUACUCACAGAGGAGGUGGAGGUGGGUCCAGUGAACUCUUAUGAUCUCAGUGAGCUGACAUCGCUGAUGGAGUACUCAGUGGCCAUCUCUGCUGUGUACGACAAUGGCCAAUCGGAGCCGCUCACUGAUGGAUUCACUACCACUCCAGUCCCUGGUCCUCUGAAUCUCCGCUCCAGUGAUGUCAGUACGGACAGCUUCCAGGUCAGCUGGGAUCACUCAGCUAAUGACAUCAUUCUCUAUAAACUCUCCUGGGCACCGUUCACAGGCGGCGACACAAAGGAGGUGGUCUUGAGUGGAAGUGAUAAUAGAUACAUCCUGAGUGCACUGAGUCCCUCUACUGAGUAUGAAGUUAUGUUGACAGCCGUAUUCAAAGACGAAUCAGAGAGUGACACCGUCUCUGUCAUCGAUACCACAUUGGCUGAGAUGACAACGAUUGCUACCACAACCACAGUGGCACGCCAGGCAGUGAGAAACCUUCAGCUGAGUGAUGAGACCACCCAGAGUUUAGAGGCAUCAUGGGAGCUGGAAGACCCUAACGUGGAGCUGUACAGGGUGUCCUAUGCCGGCCUCAGGGGCGAUCACAAAGAGGAGUCUGUGUUAGUUCCUGGCGGUCUGAGGAGAGCAGUGAUCCAGCCUUUACUAUCAGACACCCAGUACAAAGUGACAGUCACACCGGUUUACACUGACGGACAAGAUGGCAUCAGUGUUUCUGCCCUGGGCGCCACAUUGCCCCUCUUGUCUCCUGGAAACAUACGUGUGUCAGAAGAGUGGUACAACCGCUUCAGGGUCACCUGGGAUCCUCCUCAGUAUCCUGUUUUGGGUUACAGGAUCGUCUACCAGCCCAUCUAUGUUCCGGGGCCAGUUUUGGAGACAACAGUAGGCGAGAAUUUGAACACCAUCAUCCUCCUUAAUCUACUGAGUGGGACCGAGUACAGUGUCCAAGUAUCGGCUUCCUACACUGCAGGACAAAGUGAACCACUGCUACAGAAUGCUAAGACAUUGUUCCUGGGUGUCUCUGGCUUGUCAACCUACCAGGUGCGUCCCAACAGCAUGUGUGUCCAGUGGCAGCCUCUCCCACAUGCUACAUUAUACAGAGUCUCCAUACAGUCUACACUCAAUGGCCAAAAGCAGGAAGUGAGCCUGGGAGGCGGGGCUUCCCGACAAUGCUUCUAUGAUCUUACUCCCAGCAGCCAAUACCAGAGCAGUGUUUACACCCAUAUGCAGGAAAUGGAGGGCCCUCCUGUCUCCAUCACUGACAUGACACUGCCAGCACCCACUCAGGCUCCGACUGAACCCCCUGCCACAGAGCCCCCUCCCACCGUCCCGCCUGCUAAAGAAGUGUGUAAGGAGGCCAAGGCUGACCUGGCAUUCCUGGUCGAUGGUUCUUGGUCCAUCGGAGAUGAUAACUUCAUGAAGAUUACACGUUUCCUCUACAGCACCAUGGGAUCACUGGAUCUGAUUGGACCAGACGGCACCCAGGUGGCCAUUGCUCAGUUCAGCGACGAUGCUCGGACAGAAUUCCAGCUGAGUUCCCAUGGCAACAAGGAAGCGCUGCUGGAGGCUAUUCAGAGGAUCAGAUAUAAGGGAGGAAACACUAAGACAGGUCGAGCCAUCAAACAUGUGAAAGAGUCAAUUUUCACGUCAGAGGCCGGAGCCAGACGAGGAGUUCCGAAGGUCCUGGUUGUCCUCACUGAUGGCCGCUCACAAGAUGACGUCAACAAAGUCUCCAAGGAAAUGCAGAUGGAUGGCUAUAUCAUCUUUGCAAUUGGAUUUGCGGAUGCGGAUUAUGGGGAACUGGUAAAUAUAGCCAGUAAGCCCAGUGAUAGACAUGUCUUCUUUGUGGACGAUUUGGAUGCUGUGAAGAAAAUAGAAGAACAGCUCAUUACCUUUGUGUGCGAGGCUGCCACUGCCACUUGUCCAUCUGUUUUGAUGAGUGGUAACACAAUGGCAGGCUUCCGUAUGAUGGAGAAGUUUGGCCUGGUGGAAAAGGAGUAUAGCACCAUACCUGGAGUUUCUCUUGAGCCAGGCUCGUUCAACAGUUACCCCUGUUACAGGUUACACCGUGACGCACUGGUGUCACAGCCCACUAAGUAUCUUCAUCCUGAAGGUUUACCCUCCGACUAUACCAUUUCUAUGAUGCUCCGCCUGCUUCCUGAGACUCCACAGGAGCCCUUUGCAUUGUGGGAAAUCCUCAAUAAGGACAAUGAGCCAUUGGUGGGAAUAAUCCUGGAUAACUCUGGAAAGACCUUAACGUUCUUCAACUACAACUACAAAGGUGAUUUUCAGACAGUCACCUUUGAAGGAAAUGAAAUCAAAAAAAUCUUCCAUGGCAGUUUCCACAAGCUCCAUGUGACCAUCAGCAAGACAGCUGUGAAGGUGGUGUUAGACUGCUCCGUCGUCGGGGAGAAAGCUAUCAGUGCAGCUGGUAACAUCACCACAGAUGGUGUGGAGAUCCUGGGACGGAUGGUGCGGUCCAGAGGCCAACGGGACAACUCUGCUCCAUUCCAGCUCCAGAUGUUUGAUAUCAUCUGCAGCACAUCCUGGGCCAGCAGAGAUAAGUGUUGUGAACUGCCAGCAUUGAGAGUUGAAGAGCAGUGCCCUUCUUUGCCUCAUGCCUGUACCUGUUCCCAGGACAGCAAGGGACCUGCAGGACCACCCGGACCUCCUGGCGGUCCAGGCAUAAGGGGAGCCAGAGGAGACAGAGGAGAGCCAGGAGUGACGGGACCUCAAGGGCCAAUGGGAGAGAUUGGCUCUUCUGGACCCCCGGGACCGCCUGGUCCUCAGGGACCCAGCGGGCUCUCUAUUCAGGGCCCUCCGGGUGCUGCUGGGGAAAAGGGAGAGAGAGGAGAGAUAGGUCCAGCUGGACAGAUGGGUGUCCCUGGAGGUUCGGGCUCCCCUGGCAGAGAUGGCCCCCCAGGAGCAAGGGGUCUGCCGGGUAAUAGUGGACCACAGGGACGACAGGGACCUCCUGGACCCAUUGGAUCCCCGGGAGCACCUGGAGCUUCAGGACCAGGUGGGCCAUCGGGGACUCCAGGGGAUCAAGGACUUCCAGGUCCUGCUGGUACCAAAGGAGAUAAGGGAGAAAGAGGUGAUGUGCAGUCCCAAACUGCAGUGCGUGCAAUUGCACGGCAAGUAUGUGAACAGCUCAUCCAGAGCCACUUGUCUCGCUAUAACUCCAUCCUGAACCAGAUCCCCGUCCAGUCUUCAGUGUCGGUCCGAACAGUACCUGGACCACCAGGAGAGCCAGGUCGAAGAGGCCUCCCGGGACCUCAAGGCGAGCAAGGUCCUGCAGGCAGACCAGGUUUCCCUGGUACCAACGGCCAGAACGGACGACCAGGAGAGAGAGGACUGUCAGGAGAGAAGGGGGAGAGGGGGAGUCCAGGUGUUGGGAAUCAGGGACCUCGAGGACCACCCGGACCUCCAGGCUCGCCAGGUGAAGGACGAACAGGCAGCCAGGGCCCUAGUGGUCGGCCUGGUAACCCAGGGUCGCCAGGGAGACCGGGGAAUCCGGGUACCGCUGGAUCAGCAGGCCCACCAGGAUACUGUGACCAGAACUCAUGUCUGGGAUACAACGUUGGAGUCCAACCGCUGCCUCACGGUGGCUACCAGCCCUACAAUCCGCCCUACAACCAGCCAUACAACCCUGCUGCAGAGGAGGAAGAGGAGGACCAGGAGAACCCCUAUUAUCGCGGUUACCCACCUCAGUACUACCCCCAACAGCCCUCCCUGCUGGCUCACGGUCGCCAAGGUUAUCGCUCGAGCCCCACCCACUCUGAGGACGUAGAGCUGAGGUCGCCGGGCGUCGUCAGGAGGUUUUCGCGUGAUGUAGUCGUUAUAGAGGAGAGCAAGGAGGCAGGACUUAAGAGGAUGAAGGAUGGACUCACCUCAAGUGCUUGAGCCCUGCACGCCGCACACAAACAAAUCAGACACUGACACACAAUGUCCAAACCACCCCCCCCCCCCUUCUUCUCCCUCCCUGUGUAUCCAGUGGUUUUCUCCACUUGGUGAAACUAUGUAAAUAUCUCUGCGGACUCUUGUACAAUAUCUCUGUAAAAAGGGGGGGUCCGAAAAGUGCCUGAUCUAUGUUAGCAUCGUCCAGUGGUAUUGUAAAGGUAAGACCAUUUCUCUCAUCUUACAGCUGAUUUCAGGACUCAACCCUUCUUUCGUGUGAAGUUGCAUGUCUCCUUCAAGCCAACCACUGAGUGUGUAACUGGACACGUGCGUCUCAUGUCGCUCGUAUGUAAAUUAGCCAGAUGAUCACGGAUGAUGAGCUGGUACCAUUUGUACAGGCUGCUUUUUAUAAUGACGAAACAUGUUUCCCCUGCUUCCAUGCUGUCUUUACUUCAUGUGUGUUAAUGUUUUUGAAGUGAUUUCUCCGUAUCGUGUUGUUUGCUUCUCUUUGCCAGUUUUUAGUUUUUGUUUUUGGCUGAGCUAAUAUUGGAGUCCCCCCCCCCAAAAAAUGACUGUAGAAGCAGAUGCAUCAAGUUUCUAUUACCUUAACACUGUGCAACACUCUUCUGUUCGACUUCUUACAUUUUAAAUUGUAAGUUUUCUUCAUGGAGAACAUCAGGUUACCAGAACACUAGUAUGUCUUUUCUGUUGCGAGCCAGAUCUGAGAAAUUAUCAAGAUGUGUGCUGAAUUUCAGAGACUAUUCUGUGUCUUUGUGUUUUGUGUAGCUGCCUCCGUUUGUUGUUUAUUGUUCUUAUGCAAAAUAGGGGCCUGCUCACUCUGGAGGCUGUUUGCUCACUGGUUGACCUCUGACCUCUUGCUGGAAUAAGACCUGGAUCCAGUUAUUAUUCAAAACACUCUGUUGCUUCUCUGUGAAAACCAAUAAGGAGUGACCCACGCAAGUGUAAACAUUGCCUGUCCUGCACUGCAAUCUGAAAAAACAACCACUAAAUGUAACCAAAAGUUGAGCUGUUGAGCCGGCCCUGUCAGAACGAGGAAUGUGUAUCCCCACCACGCCCCUUUAGUAUAAUAUGAACUUAUUUAUUUACUAUUUUGUUUGCUUUUAUAAUCAAUAAA